UCUCUGUCCCCCCCAGUGGCGCCCUACACCAUCGUCUACUUCCCUGUUCGAGGGCGCUGCGAGGCCACGCGCAUGCUGCUGGCUGACCAGGGCCAGAGCUGGAAGGAGGAGGUGGUGACCAAGGAGACCUGGCUGCAGGGCACCCUCAAGGCCUCCUGUCUGUACGGGCAGCUCCCCAAGUUCCAGGACGGAGACCUGACCCUGUACCAGUCCAAUGCCAUCCUGCGCCACCUGGGCCGCUCCCUCGGGCUGUAUGGGAAGGACCAGCGCGAGGCGGCCCUGGUGGACGUGGUGAACGACGGCGUGGAGGACCUCCGCUGCAAAUACGCCACCCUCAUCUACACCAACUACGAGGCGGGCAAGGAGGACUACGUGAAGGAGCUGCCCGGGCGCCUGAAGCCCUUUGAGACCCUGCUCUCCCAGAACCAGGGGGGCCAGGCCUUCAUCGUGGGCAACCAGAUCUCCUUCGCCGACUACAACCUGCUGGACUUGCUGCUGAUUCACCAGGUCCUGGCCCCCAGCUGCCUGGACUCCCUCCCCCUCCUCUCGGCCUACGUGUCUCGCCUCAGCGCCCGGCCCAAGCUCAAGGCCUUCCUGGCCUCCCCGGAGCACGUGAACCGCCCCAUCAAUGGCAAUGGGAAACAGUGAGGGCCUGUGGCACCUCAGCAGGAGGCAGGGGCUGCCUGCCUGCCUCCCUUCCCUGGACCAAUAAAAUUUCCAAAAGUG